AUGAUUUUCUAUGAGAGAUGGCUUUUUAUUUUCAUUACUUUAGCCACACUACCGACUACCACAAGUUCAAGGCAAUCUACUAUCCCUUCGACACAAACAAAACAUGUUCUACCGACUAUUCCAUUAUUAUUCCACGGAAUAACCUGCAAUUAUGAACGCAAUUAUAGUUUCCGCUAUCUCAAGAUGGUUACUAGGUUGAAGGCUACCAAAUUUUCAGAGGGCAAGUUUUUCCCCCACCAAUUCGACAUUUAUGAUUAUACAUUGAGAGGGCCGUAUUACAUCUAUCCACUAAUAUUUGAAAACAUAGUUUAUGAAACUGGAAUGGUCCACAUCGAUUAUAUGGUGCUAAAUUCAGAUGGCUUAAUUAUGGGCGGAGUUGUAUUGGAGAUACAAAAGUACCGCAAGGAACUAGUGUAUCACCCAUGUCUACCGUGGGAUCAUAAAUACAAGCCGUUGUCAGGUUCUUCGCUUGAAAGUAAACUUGUGGGAGAUUUGCUUAGAUUUGAAUCAUAG